AUGAUCCGCAACUUCCCCAAACAUCCUAAGCUGGUGUUCGCCUUUUCCAUGUCAUAUCUGCUUUUCAUUCACUUUUAUCGAUGGAUGAUCCUCACCUCGUACUAUUUGGACAUCACAGGUCCUAUGAUGGUGGCCGUGCAGAAGAUAACAACAGUGGCCUUCUCACUACAUGAUGGCAGAGUCAAGAAGAAGGAAGAACUUAGUGAACUGCAAGAAAGAGAGGCUAUUACAGAGCUACCGUCGCUGUCAGAGUACAUAUCCUACGUCUUUAACUUCCAGACAGCGCUUACUGGUCCCGUAAACUUCUACUCGGAUUAUAUCGCUUUCAUCGAUGGUGUGCACGUGGUUCGAACCAAGGAGGGCAAGGUACCUCGAAAGUUUGUUGUGAAAAGCGUUUCUCUAUUUACUUAG